GUACCCAACCGCGCGAGGGAAAUUUUGCGCGAGCGAGGGCAAAUAUGGCGGGAAACUUUGGCGCCAUCUGUUCCCGCGCCGCCGCCUCCCUAUUUAGCCCGCGCCACCGCCGCCGCCGCCUCCUCCUCCCCUCAACUCCAACUCCUCCCAGAUUUCUCCCCUUCUCCCAGCGCCUUCACCGAGGAACCCUCUCGACCACCGCCAUGGCUGCUUCGAACGGCGCCGCCGCCACCGACGCCGUCCAGGAGCCUCCCCAGAAGAUCUCCAAGCUCGCGCCCCUGCUCAAGGUGAAGAAGCUCUCCGACAAGGCCGUCCUGCCGUCCCGCGGCUCCGCCCUCGCCGCCGGCUACGACCUCUCGAGCGCGGCGGAGAUGGUGGUGCCGGCGCGGGGCAAGGCGCUGGUGCCGACGGACCUCAGCAUCGCCAUCCCGGAGGGCACCUACGCGCGCAUCGCGCCGAGGUCGGGGCUCGCGCUGAAGCACUCCAUCGACGUGGGCGCCGGCGUGAUCGACGCGGACUACCGCGGCCCCGUGGGGGUCAUCCUCUUCAACCACUCGGACGCGGACUUCGCCGUGAAGCCCGGCGACCGGAUCGCCCAGAUGAUCAUCGAGGUGAUCGCGACGCCGGAGGUCGCGGAGGUGGAGGACCUCGACGCCACCGUGCGCGGCGAGGGAGGGUUCGGGUCCACCGGCGUCUGAGCCGUGACGGUCUCUCCGCGCGAAGGAGGGACGGUAGUUCGUCAGUCCCCUUACUCUCUAGGUUAGGAUGGCGAUGCAAGUAGGCAGCCUUGGUGUGUCUUUUGUUGGCUGUAAGCUCUCUCUCGUGAUGUUAAGGUGGCACUAUCCUGCAACUGAACAUGUCAAGAAGUUUAGGGUUGCGUCGGUAGCUGAAUGCAGGAAAUGCUAAGAACCUGUUUCUUCAGUGUCUUACUGUGCACCUAGUGUGUUGGGGUCGUUUCUGAAUCUCUGCAGAAUUGCAUGCGUGUGGUUUUCCA